AUGGUCACAAAAUUAGUCCCUGCGGGCCGGGAGAUCUGGUUGGAUGGACUCCGCGGUAUUGCCGCAGUCAUUGUUGUUUGGUUCCAUAUGACAGCUGGAAAGCUUGCCACACCUUAUCGAUCUUUCUGGGACUUACCAGCAUCUGACAAUCGACAACUAAUCCAGGUCUUACCCUUUCGAAUCUUCUUCUCCGGACCUGGCAUGGUCGACAUCUUCUUUGUGGUAUCUGGAUACUCCAUCUCCAUUGGCCUGAUCAAAUUUCGUCACGAGGGUUCCAUGGCCAGGUUCUACCAGAGAUUGACAAGCAGUGUGGUCAGAAGAAUGUUCCGAUUGUGCUUCCCAGUUGCAAUCAUGAUGCUAGGAAGUCAUGCGCUGUACUAUACUGGGCUUUACACUAUACCUUUCAAAGAAGGCACAGGAUGCGCAGGCGCACACCCAUGGGAGUCUCCGAUCCCACAUGUUCAGUGCCUAGCACGAUCUUUGGUCAGCAUCAUAAACGUGGAGAACAUCCAAAAUCUGACCCUCAAUGAUCACUUCUGGACAAUUCCCGUUGAGAUACGUGGCUCUAUGAAAGUAUACCUGACACUGCUUGGACUAUCAAACGUCCGCAAGACAGCAAGAAUUCUCAUCAUAGGACUACUUUGUGUACGAUCAUGGUGGAAUGGUACACCCGAAUUUAUGGCCUUCUUUGCAGGAGUCUUGUAUGCAGAACUCAGCGCUUCCGUGUCAUUUGGACAGCACGAGAUACUGUCACCUUUGCUCUCUUCUCGUCGACACAACUGGAGGUUGAGCCCAUCCAAGACUGUACUGAAUCGACUGUCAUCCUUGUCGAUAUAUUUGGCCUUUCUUUUGGGCAUCUACCUCCUUUGUCUACCCAUACGAAUUCAGUCUGAGGGUACCAUUGACGCAAACUUCCCACCAGACUGGUUCUUUCUCGAAUGGUGUCCUCCGCUCCUAUGGUGGAACACGGAAACCACAAUGCGCACAUGGCAUACAUUUGGCGCUAUUUUGGUUGUUGGUAAAGAACCAAGACUCGACUGGGCGCGAUAUGAUCUGCGGAAAGCUACGAGUACCACGACAUCUGCACAUAAGGAGGCAGACGCCGAGAAGGGUGAGAAAGCAUCCGAGACACGCUCAAUAAAGCAACGAAGCCAUGCUCUGGACGCAUCGACGGAACGUCUCCUGUGUCGACCUCUCGUUGAAGAAGAUUGGCCAGAAUACCACAAGAUGCUACAGGAAGAACAGACGAUGAUCAACGCGGGCGUGGGCCCAAUGUUAUUUCCCAGAGCAGCUCGAGCCUACUUCGACAGUCAACGAGAAGAUUGGGCAUCAGUUGGAAUCUUCGUCCUCAACAUGGAUGACGACGGUGCCGAAGGCGAGUUCAUCGGUACAGGAGGGGUGUACUGGUCCAAAGAUCGAUUACCUGAAGUAUGCUACGUACUGAAGCAGAAGUUUUGGGGCAAAGGCCGCGCCACUGAGUUCUUGAAUGGAUUCCUGGAAUUGUGGUGGAGCAUGCCUCGGAUAAACAUUGAUAUGUAUGUCGAGACGAAGUUCCUAGAUGCUGGGGAAAGAGGUGUGAUACCGGAGCGAUUGACUGCGCCGAUCAAAGUUGCGAGAGGCGAUAGCCAGAACGUGGUGAAGAAAGCUGGCUUUAGCGAGCGUGGCGAAAUCACGAUAUAUGACGAGAAGUAUAUCUUGUUCCGACUGCUUUCUCCAAAGUAG